AUGUUUCUCCAGGUCCACCGUCCUGCUCUCCUGCAAGCAAAGAAGCUCCAAAGGGAUCAGGCAAUUCAGAUUACUGGGUUGGUGGGGUCUCUUUUCAUCGACAGUAAGCCGGUGGUUUUGGGCUAUUUGAUGCGAGUUGUGGAUAGAUGGGCAGAGAUCGUUGGGAAAGACACAGAUCGGCAGCCUCUAGUACCAUGCUCAAUCCAUUUCCCAGAGAGUACAAAGCAACAGGGAGACCAAGAGAAGUGGGAGGCCGGGAUGGAGGCGAUGGAUGAGAUUCUGCAGAUGUUCGGUGCUCACAGCGGCUGGGAUGGGUUCGUCAGUUAUGCGGACUAUGAGGGACUACGAGAGGAUGAAGCGCUGUGUUAUUGA